UUCCGCUCAGAUUCAUCAUCGUUCCCAAACUCCUCUCCUUCUCGCAAUUACUAGCGAGAAACCCUAGAUUACUAGCGACGUUCGUGUUGGAAACCCUAGAUUCUCGCGGAGCUGAUUAUCGCAAUCGAUUGAUCAUGGCUGCGAAGCUUCUUGCUAACUUGAUUAUAAUGGGCUCUGGAAUAUUAGGAAGGGCUGUGGUACAAGCAUAUCGCAAAGCACUUGAAAAUGCAAAUAAAACUGGAGUUGCACAAGAAACUUUAAAUAAUAUUCGCAGAGCAAGCCGAGCCAUGACUGAACAAGAAGCAAGGCAGAUUUUAGGUGUUACUGAACAAUCAUCUUGGGAUGAGAUCGUGCAGAAGUAUGACAUCUUAUUUGAAAGGAAUGCAAAAAAUGGAAGCUUUUACCUUCAAUCGAAGGUCCACAGGGCUAAGGAGUGCUUAGACUCUGUUUACCAGCAGAACAGUAGUUGAAGCUGCACCUAACCUUCCAAACCUGAGACUUGUGUUCAUAUGUCUGAAAAUUUGAAGCUUUGAUUACAUAAUUGUUGUCCAUGUACGUAUAUGCGUUUGAUGAUACGAGAUGCAAAUGAACUCAUGAAGUUGUAUGUCUAUAGUACCAUCAUUACCUCAUCAUCACUGAUGAACAAAUUUUUGAGCGCCUCUUUUCUGUAACUGAAACUAUACAAUCACAUCAAAUCUACACAACUUGUUCUUGUUUUA